GAAGCUGUGGAGGGGGCAGUCCGGGAUCUUACAAACAGCUCUUACUGUAGUUGCUGUUUACCUGCUGCGUACCUGUCCCGCAGCACUGAGCUGCACGUCUCAGGGAAGAUGCAGCGAUGACUUCUGCACCACUUGAACACCAAACUUUACCUUCAGAUGUCCGAAAAGUGAUUGUUGGUGAGCAGCAGGAGUGGAGCCCCAGUCUGGACCAGGACCCAGAGCCCCCACACAUUAAAGAGGAGCAGGAGGAGCUCUGGAUCAGUCGGGAGGGAGAGCAGCUUCGAGGGCUGGAGGAGGCCGAUAUCACCAAGUUCCCAUUCACUCCUGUCCCUGUGAAGAGUGAAGAAGAUGAAGAGAAACCUCAGUCCUCACAGCUUCAUCAAAGACUCACUGAACAGAUGGAAACAGGAGCUGAUGGAGAGGACUGUGGAGGACCAGGACCAGCCAGGAACUCAGAUCCAGAUACAUAUUUACAACCAGUUAGUGAUGAAAAGCCUUCAGACUCUUCUGAGACUGAUGACAGUGAUGGGGAUUGGGAGGAGACCAGAGAACCUCGGUCAGGUUUAAACUCUCAGAAAGAUAAUGAAGUCCCUGUUAGUGAUAUUAACUGUAAUACUGUUGAGAGAUCAUUCAGCUGCUCUGAGUGUGGUCAAAGAUUUGGCCGCAAGCCACAUCUGAAUGCACACAUGAGAAUUCACACAGGAGAGAAACCAUUUAGUUGCUCCUUUUGUGGUAAAAGAUUUUCUCAGAAGGGAAACUCAAUUAGUCACAUGAGACUUCAUACAGGAGAGAAACCUUUCAGCUGCUCCGUCUGUAAGAAACGUUUUAGAUACAGUGGAGAUGUUAGCAGACACAUGAGAAUCCACACAGGAAAGAAAACACUCAGUUACAACGUUGGUGACAUGAUCAACAGUAACAUUCACACAGGAGCAGAACCGGCCUUAGAUCCAGGUAGUCAUUUAGAAGUCGUUACUAACGAUAAACCUUCAGAUCCUGAGACUGAAGUAAGAGAUGAUGGUUGGAAGAAGAGUCGUGAACUUGAGUCAGGUUUAAACGCUCUGAAAAAUGAUGAUGCCUCUGUAAGUGAUGUGAGCUGUAAUACUGAAAAGGAGUCAUUUAGCUGCUCCGAGUGUGGGAGAACAUUUUGCCGCAGGGACCAUCUGAUGAGCCACAUGAGAACUCACACAGGAGAGAAACCAUUUAGUUGCUCAGUUUGUCAGAAACGUUUCAGCUGCAGUGGAAACAUUUUGGCUCACAUGAGAAUUCACACAGGAGAGAAACCAUUUGAAUGCUCAUUUUGUGGCAAAAGUUUCAGCCAGAAAGGAACUUUGCAGCUACACAUGAGAAUUCACACAGGAGAGAAACCCUUUAGUUGCCCAUUUUGCGAUAAAAGAUUUGCACAUAAAAGACGUAUGACACUGCACAUGUCAGUCCACACAGAGGAGAAACGCUUCAGCUGCACUGCUUGUGACAAAAGAUUCACUUGGUAUACGCAGCUCAAAACACAUAAGUGUGUUGGUGAGUCCUCACAGCUUCGUCAAAGCCAAACUGAGAAAAAGGCUCCUGCCAAGGAAUCAUUCAGCUGCACUGAGUGUGGUAAAAAAUUUAGCCUUAAGGGCAAUCUGAAGACACACAUGAGAAUUCACACAGGAGAGAAACCAUUUAGUUGCUCAAUUUGUGGCAAAAGUUUCAAACAAAACGUUCAUCUUACGGAGCACAUGACGAUUCACACAGGUGAAAAACUGUAUAAAUGCAGUGUUUGUGGCAAAGGAUUCAAUAAGAAGUUGCUUGUCAAAAACCACACGUGUGUUUAAUCCUUUUUGUCAGAUCUCGCGCACAUCUUGAAUUCAUGGAUUUGUAUUUAAGGUAACGAGUGAAUCGAGUCUUUUUGCAGUUAAAAAUGACGAGCAGAAGGGUGAGUGUGUCUGCUGUCACAUCGUUUUCCUGUACAGAGGCAAAUAAUGUCCAUAAAGAUUUGAACCUUAUAAGCGACUGAAUAUUUAACUGGGAAAUGUAACCACUACUGGAGCUUUAAUGUUGAAAAAGCUACACCUCCCAUGAAAAUGUACAAGCGUGGCAGCGCGGCUCUCAACUUUCAGCUGUUUGGAUUCCACUGCUGUGAAUUCAGUGGUAGUUAAUUUGAACGCAACACACUGAGCAUUCAGUAGUGGUUCAAUUUCACAAUUAGGUAAUAACAAAAGGCAGCGCUGGUCUCUUAUUGCUGUGGCUGUUUAACGUCACACCACAAGGGCAAAAUCAUGUUUACAGACUGAUCUGACGUGAGAAGAAGCUUCUCCUUCAUGUACAAACUGAUGUACAUCAGCUUGUAAUUAUUAAAAGUGGCUAACUGUGUAGCAGUCAUCACUAAACAUUAUUAUUAACAGUUAUUACAUAUUUUUGAGGAUCCAAACAACGUAACGAGCCACAGUAAAGUUUAGUUUAGUGGCAGUUUCAGCGGGACCUCAGCGAGCUGAGCCGACGGCUCGAUUAGAAACUGUAAAGUGAUUAUAAACUCAAAUGUCCACGGCAUGAACACAUUGUUAAUCUCAAUACAAGUUUUCCAAAAGAACAUCUAAUGAUGCCCUCAUGUUUAGUAAAAUGUGCUUGUAUUCAUAGUGUAACUGGACAUGCUGAGCUGAGAGCUCCUACGAUUCUGUUAUUUCAUCUUUAAAUAAAUAUCUAACGGACACAGCGA